UGACCAGAAGGGUCGUAAAUACGAAACCCGAUCUGAGAAGUCGGAUCUUUUGUGCAGCUGCUUCAACGCUCGCAGACUGAACUUGUCUCGAGAUUGAGAAGACAACCCUUGCGAAUUUUAAAGGAAUAAAGAAAAAGCAAUACGCAACAUAUGGACAACGUGGAAAAGCGUCGAUUCGCGCGGCUGGUAGCAAGAGACAGGAGUUCAUAAAUAGACAACGGAAGCUUCCUCGAGCCACUGGAAUAAACCCGCAAUUUCACACAUUUUUAUUUGGUAGAGGGAUUCCUGAUGUGGCAGCUUAAUGCCAACUCGACGUAAAACCAGAAAGCCCUUCUGUAAAACAUGGUGAGAGGGGUUCUUGAAACCGAUGAGCUUACCAGGCAACACUGCUGCCACUAUGGAGAACUCUAACUAAUGUGAACUUGAUGGAGAUGAUGAUAUUACACAUAGCAAUGAUGGAACAGCCGCAUUGACAAAGAUCAACUGCACUCACUCUCAGUGCGCUGCUGCCAAUCAGCAUGCUGCGGAUACUGUCACUCAAAUUUGGCCGCGUCUACCGGUGCGGCAAGUUCCUCUUCAUCAUAGCUCUAUUUGUUAUCCUGCUGAUGAACACUCACAACCUUUUAGCCUCUUUCCAGAGGAACGAGCUCACCGACCGGCGAUUCAUCGGCCUCAACAAGUGUCCGGCCUGCUUCGGCACUAGCUGGUGCCGCAAGUUCAUGAACAGCCAGGUGACCUUCGAGAUGUGGGGUCGCCUGCGCUUCCUAGACUUUUUCAAUGUAAAGAAUGUUUAUUUUGCUCAAUAUGGAGAACCCAGGGAAGGAACGCGCAGGGUCGUGCUCAAACGCCUGGGCUCCAACCAAGAGCUCGCAGAGAUCGAUCAGAAGAUCUGCAAACGGGCCACUGGAAGACCUCGCUGUGAUCUCAUUCAGGGUAUGUACAAAACGGAGUUCGCCCGACUUAAUGGGGACGUAAGGCUGCUGACCCCAGAGGUGGUGGAGGGCUGGUCGGAUCUGGUGCACUGCCCCUCGCAGAGGCUUCUUGACCGUGUGGUCAGGAGGUACGCGGAGACCAAGGACUCUGGCAGCUUCCUGCUGAAGAACCUUAAGGACACGGAACGAAUGCAGCUGCUGAUGACGUUGGCGUUCAACCCUGAGCCUCUUGUGCUGCAGAGUUUUCCCUCUGAUGAGGGCUGGCCGUUCGCCAAAUACCUGGGGGCCUGUGGCCGGAUGGAGGCGGUGAAUUAUGUGGGCGAGGAGCUCUGGAGCUUCUACAAUGCACCCUGGGAGAAAGACUUCACUCUCCAUGCUCUUGCUUUACAGCAUUAA